GUGAUGUGAGCUGUCGGCAGUGAGAUCAUGUGAGAGUCCACGUUAGGAGAAAGUAGGUUAGCAGGGUAGACUGAGAGGAAAGCAGGCGGAGAGUCAUAGCACCAAAGAGGAGAAGAAGGAGGAGGGGGAGAACAACGUCCACCGUGGGACUUAGUCUGUCAAAAAAAGAAAAGAAAAGUUGAGCCAAAUCUACUCUGUGCUGUGCGCACACUCGACUACCAUGCAAUCCAAGGCGACUUUCUGCGCUCUUUCCGACCGCUCCGACUUAACCAAGCGAUAAAGGGGAGCUGUUGCGCGUACUUGUUUUCUUGUUUACCUUUCUCCCACCUUCUUGUGUUUUUUCGAUUUUUCUUGGCUUUUUUUCCCGUCGGUCUGUACUGUUGGGGCUGUGCUUCAGGACAGCUGUCUGCACCGGGACCAAGUUCAUAUUGACAGAGCCAGUGUCCUCUGGCUGCUGCUGCGCCUGCCUCCCCCUCAGUGCUGUCACCCACAGUCACCACAUGUAGCCCGGUUUCCUCGUCAAGUAUUGGAGAAACACAGCAUCCACCAUGAGAGGAAGGCCAGGAUUAUUGUUCAUCUCCACCUUAAAAGUGGUCGGCAGAGAGCCGGGAUCGCGCCUACCUCACUCCCUCCUCCCCCUCCCCCUGCAGUGAGAAAGUGUGUCAGUAGGACAGAAUGUCCACACGAGCUGACAGGCUCCUGCGCCCGAGUGACGGAUCACUCCUCCAAUGCCGAGGAGGCUGGAACACUGCUCAGCCUGUGGGAAGGGAGGGUAUCUGAGGAGGGUGGGGUCUCGGUGUUGCUAGAGUGAGCCGUGAAUGAGUGUUGUGAGGAAUGCUCACAGACAAGAGUUAUAUAAUCGAGAGAUGAGGGAGGGGUGGAGGGGAAGUGGAGAGAAACAGAGGAAAGAGAGAGAGAGAGGUGGAGGCGAGGAGGGAGAUAUUUUUCCAUUGCAAGCCUGCAGCUGCCCUGAUCAGUUGCAGUAUUUUAGUUACAGUUCCAGAGGAGAGACAGCUGACUAUGCUAUUAAAGGGGAAAUAGGAGGUGGAAAACUUGUGUUUUCCAGUACUUAAGAGUGCAACGAUUCUUUCUAGCUCUGUGAGUGUUAUUUCGUAUGUCACCCCUGCGCCACCGAGGAGCCACAAAUAAUAAUCCACUACGUUUGAAAAAUGUUCUUCCACUUAUGAUACAUCCACAGUUGUUUUUCAGUCUGGAGAGAAGGAGUCUUUGUGUGAGUGUCAUGUGAUUACAUUAUCUGUUUGUGUCUUCUGUUCCCUCACGGGGGCCGCAUGCAGACAAACACUUCAGGGCAACUUAACCUCUCCUGUUCUGAGUCUGGCCGUGUUUUGUCUGCAACAUAAGAAAAACAAAUACGAGAUACAACAGAUGCCUCAUUAUUACACCCUAUUGAUGACACCAUUUUGGUUUUAAAACUCAGAUCGAGGUCAUCCCCUGUAAGAUCUGUGGGGACAAGUCCUCGGGAAUCCACUAUGGAGUCAUCACCUGCGAGGGCUGCAAGGGUUUCUUCCGUCGAAGCCAGCAGAACAACGCCAUGUACUCUUGUUCCCGCCAGAGGAACUGCCUGAUUGACCGAACUAACCGCAACCGAUGCCAGCACUGCCGCCUACAGAAGUGUUUGGCUUUGGGCAUGAGCAGAGAUGCUGUAAAGUUUGGCCGUAUGUCAAAGAAGCAGCGUGACAGCCUCUACGCUGAAGUGCAGAAGCACCAAAAGUCUCAGGAGGGCACGGGCACAGGAGGAGAGGCCUCUGCAGCUCUAUCCCUGACCAGGGACGACGGAGGCAGCGGAGGCAGCAGUGAGGAUGUUGAAGAAGGUCUGAGCAGGUCGUACAGCAGCGGUGGCUCCAGUUCCACUCUCAGCGAUCUGGAUGACAUUGCUGCGCUGCCUGACCUGUUUGACCUGCCGCUGACCCCAGAGGAGGCCAACGAGUACUGCAGCCUGGAGCUGCUCGGAGGAGGUGGAGGAGCCAGCGCCGGGAACACCUCCAAUUCAUCGUCCUCCUCAUCUUCUUCUCCGUCCCCGCCAUUGUCCAAUCAGAAUUCCCCACAGCAGACUGUAUUGGAUGGGGCAGACAGCAAUGGGAUUCAGCUCCUGCACACGCACACACAUCCUCUGUUGGGACACACACACACACUGCUGGACCAUCUGCCUAAUGACUGCUCAAUAUCAGAGCUUGAGCACAUCACCCAAAACAUUGUGAAGUCCCACAUGGAGACGUGUCAGUACAGUGCCGAAGACAUGAAGAGAUUCACCUGGGUCCAAUACACACCUGAGGAAACUCGUACUUUUCAGAACAAGUCAGCGGAGUGGAUGUGGCAGCAGUGUGCUCACCACAUCACCAACGCCAUCCAGUACGUUGUGGAGUUCGCAAAACGCAUCGCAGGUUUCAUGGAUCUGUGCCAGAACGAUCAGAUCAUUUUGUUGAAAGCAGGCUGCCUGGAGGUGCUGCUGAUACGCAUGUGCCGAGCUUUUAACGUCAACAACAGCAACAUUUUAUUCAAUGGGAAGUUCGCAUCAGCUCAGUUCUUCAAAGCGCUCGGUUGUGAUGACCUUGUCAGUGCAGUAUUUGACCUCGGAAAAGGACUGUGCCGUCUAGAGCUGUCAGAUGAGGAGAUUGCUCUGUUCAGUGCUGCUGUCCUCAUAUCGCCUGACCGACCCUGGCUGUCAGAAGGACAAAAGGUUCAGAAACUCCAGGAAAAGGUUUACCUGGCUCUGCAGCACAGCCUACAAAAGAAAGGUGAUUCUGAUGAGAAACUGGACAAGAUGACGUCCAAGCUGCCCAUAAUGAAGUCUAUAUGUAACCUCCACAUCGAUAAACUGGAGUUUUUCCGUUUGGUCCACCCAGAGACAGCCUACAGCUUCCCGCCACUGUACCGGGAAGUUUUUGGCAGCGAGAUGUCUCUGCCAGACUCCACAAACAGCUAGACAUCCAGCUACACAACACCAGAUAUGGAGAAAGCGUAUUGAGAGGUAGGGACGCGAGAGGAGGGACAAAGAAGGAUAGAGAUAUUGAAGCUCAACAACCAGCAGUUAUGAGACAAUCCAGGACUUUUAAAAACUUUGUCUCCCAUGAUCCCAAAGUAGUCCUCCACUUUCCCAGCAGGCAACAGCACCUUACACUACAGACAGCACAUGCUCAUGUUCCUCUGCAUAUUGUAGCACUACCAACAAGUGAAUAGACACACAAAAAAGAAUAACAACAACACAGCAGAACACUCAGCAUGUAACAGCUCCAAGCACUUAUUUAUGAUCAGAUCCACAGUGGAUCAGGCAAACAGUUUUGAAUGUACUUUAUUGGUAAGCACCGCUGCACAAGCCAGAACGCAACAACUUUUACACACUGUGUUAGAACCAAGUCAUGUUCAACGACGGGUUUCACUAUUAUUGCAACUCUCUGUCAAUAUUUCUCUGUUAAAGCUUCUCACUAAGGUACACAUUUCUAUCUGAUAUCUGACCAUCACUAAGGGACCAAGAUCACAAGUCAUGUACUCUAUUAUAAAAAUAAUGGACACUUGUCAUGUCAUGAUUUGUGGCUCAGGGUGACCUCAGUCAGCUGAGAGCCACUUUCACACACAGGUAUAUGGUGUUCGGUGCUGCCUUUGUAGGCUCUUUUAUUGCAAUGAGAAACCUCAGUCCCACACACCCCUUCCCUUGUAAAUGCCACUUAGAGUCAGGAUAAGAUGAAAUUAUCUUUAAUUUAUAUACACAUUUAUACACAAAUAUUUUAAAUAAGAAUGUAAAUAGGUGACUAAUAAGUAUAUGGAGAGAGAUACUAUAAUGUGUGUUCAGUUGAGUCUUGAAAGUGUGAAAGGGAGAGAGAAAAUUGUGUAUUUAGAUGGGGAGGAAGAGGAGAAAACAGAGGGUUAAGAAUAGAUGCGUUUUCAGACUCAAAUCUUUUACUGGGUUAUUUUUCCUCUCGUGACAGUACUCUCAGGUUUUUUGGCAGAGACCCUUUUCUGUCCCAAUGACAAAGCCCACUUGGGUAAGGUAAAGUCAUGUGGUAAGCAUUUUGGAGGACACAAAUUGCACAUGUGACACAGCAGGGGAGACAGUGUGUCUGAACAAGGACGAAAAGAUCAAAAUAAAGAGCGAGCGAGAGAGAUGUUGCGCUUUUAAGCUGAGCUUUAGUCUGUACUUUGGCAGACAGGAUGACACUAAGAAAAAGAUGAAGCAAAGGCAAAAAGUCGACUUCAUGGACUCUUCAAUGGAAGGGGACGCACAGGGUCUGCCCUACUCUUUCUAACCAGCAGUCAGGAAAGCAGGUGCAGUCAAAUUAUUUUCCACUCAUUAUGUUUCAGUUGGUGAAAGACCAGGACAAUAGCUGUCCCUACGUAUUUAACGGUCCAUUGUAUGUGUCAUACAUAAACCUGCGCUGCUGGUUAAGAUAACUGUAUUAUUUUGUACAUUUGCUGUUCCUCUCGCCUUUAGUCCAAAACCCAGCACUUGUCUGAAAAACCAAGCACUUAAACUUUCCUCUUUCUCACCGGACACGAGUCUGAAGCCAGACAGAGCCACCAGCUAACUCCUGAGAUGGGCCUUAAUGCCAGUAAGACUCCACAGUUUUCACUUUGUCUUUGCUAUCAUUUUACCUGUUCAUCUGUCACAGUGUUUCCAAGAUCAUUGUUUUUAUUUGUUUGUUUUUUUCUUGUACAUAAAGUGAACAACAUGUUUUGAAGGUUGUUUCAAUACUAUGACAAUGAUAAGGUCUUACUUGGGUUUGCUGUGAAGUCCAUGAGCAGAGUCAAGAGAACCUGCUGUUAGCUGCUCAGGGAGCUAGCUGUAUUCUCUCGUCCCUUUAUUACCAGUGACAUAUUUUAGCCUCAGUCUCCUCUCACAUUUGCACCUAAGAUGAGACCCAUAACCAUGAUCACUGUGGAUGUAAGUUCUAUUUUGUGAAUUGCACUCACAAAAGUGUCAAACCCUUCCCAUUUGUCCUAAUAUUGUAAUGUCAAAUUAAAGAAACGGAAAUGAAAAGGUUAAAAAAAAUAAUUUAGAGUUCAAAAUGGAUGUCAUUAUUGGGUUUAACAUUUGUUUUGCUGUGAUUUUCUAAUGAUUUUUUCAGUCAUUUAUCCGUUUUUUUAUGUGUCUCCCCACAAUGGUCUUGCAAAGUCUGUGAUCCAUUUUUUUUUAAAAUUGGAGGAAGACAAGGUACAAACAAACAAAAAUAGUUUGCCUUCUUUAUCUUUCCCAAUAAGACAAAAUGUAAAAGAGGUAUAUUACUAGUCCAAAAGUAAAUUGAGUCACAGCUCUAUAUAUUGUCCAAUGGGAAACCUUAUAUGUGGUUUUAAGAAUGUAAUAAAAUGUGUCUUUUUCUUUGAAA